ACUUCUAAACCAUCGAAGAAGAAGAAGGUGGCACCUCGGCUCAGGAAAAUGGCUGACGUUGAGAUGGACAUCACGUCCAGAAGAAUGAAUAAUGGCAACGAACACGUAAAGCAAGAUCUGGAAAGCCAUGAAAAAAGUGGAAAUGAGGACAGUGGAGACUUAUCUGAGGAGGAAGAGGAGGAGGCUGAAACUAACGGUGAGAAGAUAGAAGAAGGAUCCAAACAUCACAGUAGCAGUGGAAAACACAAGAGGAAAAAACACAAGCAUCGCAGUAAGCACAAAAAGCACAAACAUGCAUCAGAUGAAGACAAGGACCGCAAACGCAAGCAUCGUCACAAACACAGAAAACACAAACGUAAAGAAACAGGCUCCUCUCCCUCUGGAGGUAUACCUUUUGGCUCCUCCGGCCAGAGGAAGGUGGAAUCUUCACCCUCCUCUGGAAAUCCAAGUCUGGAUGACAGAGCCUUGUUGGAGGAUUUGGAGAAGCAGAGGGCCAUGAUUAAAGCUGAGCUGGACAGCCAGUUGAUGGAAGGGAAGGUGCAAUCUGGCAUGGGUCUGAUCCUUCAGGGAUAUAACUCUGGAUCUGAAGAGGAUGGAGAUGCAAGAUUCAGAAAUGGAGAACAACGUCCAAGGGGCAGCUCAGGUAAACCCAUAUCUCCCAGAGGGGGUAAAAGUGGGAAAUCUAGACGAGACUCAACAGAGGGCAUUAAAUCCAGCUCCAAGCGUCGCAGUCGAAGUAAGUCUGCAGAUAAACCUGUCAAGGAGUCUAAGCAAGACAAGGGGACCAAAAGCACCAAGGAUGCAGGUGUUAGAGACAGAGGCCGUGGCAGGAGCAGGUCAAAAGACAGAAAGCGCUCACACAGCACUGAUCAGGCCAAGGAGAGAAGGAAGUCAAACUCUCCUUCCAACUUUAGAAGUGAGCAGAAAGUCAGUCGUCCUGAUAAACGUUCCUCUCCUCAGCGAGAUGAAAGACCAAACCAGGAAAGAGCGAGCCGACGGUCACCCACACGAGACCGGCCAAGUCGCUCAGAUGCUGACCGGGACAAGCGGCCUGCUAAGUCUCCAUCGAAGGACACAUCAUUAGGAAAAGAGAACCGCUCCCCUCACAGACGAGGGCCUCACAGUCCCACGAGAAAACGCAGUGCUUCCCCUCGCCAUAGGGAGGCCCACCACCAGUCCGCUGGUGCCUCAGACAGGACAUCAAAACAGAGUCACUCUCCAUCUAAAACAAGGCCCUCACCUAGGAGAGCCCGCAGCCGCUCACCAGACCCCAGGAGGAGAGAUGUUGACAGGCAGGACUCACCACUGAGGAAGCGCUCUCGGGCAGAUGCUGGACCAGGCAGAGACAGAUCACGAGAUAAGAGUCCCAGGUCAUCCUCUCGCCGCAGAAUAAGUCGCUCACCUCUGAGGAGGAGGUCCCCGUCACCACGGCGGCGCUCUCGGUCCUCACCACGCAGACGAAGCAGGUCUCCACUGAGACACAGGUCUGGGGAGCGAGACAGGUAUGGGAGACUCCGGCAAUAUCGGCGCUCAACUUCUCGUGAUCGUGAGAGGAGAAGGCGGCGCAGCAGAGAUGAAGACAAGUUUAAAGGUAGCCUUUCAGAGGGGAUGAAGCUGGACCAGGAAUCCUCAGAGGAAGAAGUCUUGGAGGACUUUGAAGGUGAAGAGAUAGAUGAAGAAGCUCUCAUUGAACAGCGGCGUCAGCAGCGUUUGGCCAUUGUCCAGAAAUACAAGAUUUUGAAUGAGGACACCAACAUGGUAUCAGAGCCCAGCAGCCCUCAGAGCAGCACACGGAGCCGCUCUCCUUCUCCUGACGACAUCUUGGAGCGAGUAGCUGCUGACGUCAAGGAGUACGAACGCGAGAACCUCAAUACCUUCGAGGCCAACAUCAAAGCCAAGCAUAACCUCAUCGCCCAGGAGAAAGACGGAGGCAACCCAAAGAAGCCUUCAGCUCCUGACAUGUUUACAGAGUCUGACGACAUGUUUGCUGCUGAUUUUGAUAAUGCCAGGAUGAGAGCAGCAGGUUUGGGAAAGGACUUCAAGGAGAACCCCAACCUCAGGGACAACUGGACCGAUGCUGAGGGUUACUACCGGGUGAACAUUGGAGAAAUAUUGGACAAGCGCUAUGAUGUGUAUGGCUACACUGGCCAGGGUGUGUUCAGCAACGUGGUCAGAGCCAGGGACACUGCCAGGGCCGGCCAGGAGGUGGCAGUCAAGAUCAUCCGAAACAAUGAGCUCAUGCAGAAGACGGGUUUGAAAGAAUUGGAAUUCCUCAAAAAGUUAAACGAUGCUGAUCCUGAUGACAAGUUCCACUGCCUUCGUCUUUUCCGGCACUUCUACCACAAGCAGCAUCUUUGUCUGGUAUUUGAGCCUCUGAGUAUGAAUUUGCGAGAGGUGCUGAAGAAAUACGGCAAAGAUGUUGGGCUCCACAUCAAAGCUGUGCGAUCGUACAGCCAACAGCUCUUUUUGGCCCUCAAGCUGCUCAAACGAUGCAACAUCCUCCAUGCUGACAUCAAGCCAGACAACAUCCUGGUAAAUGAGUCAAAAACCAUUUUGAAGCUUUGUGACUUUGGUUCUGCAUCACAUGUUGCUGACAACGACAUCACACCAUAUCUGGUCAGCAGAUUUUACAGGGCUCCAGAAAUUAUUAUAGGAAAACCUUAUGACUACGGCAUCGACAUGUGGUCUGUCGGCUGCACUUUGUACGAGCUGUACACCGGCAAAAUCCUGUUUCCUGGAUCUUCCAACAAUCACAUGAUCAAGCUGGCGAUGGACCUCAAAGGCAAGAUGCCCAACAAGAUGAUCCGUAAAGGCUUGUUCAAAGACCAGCACUUCGAUCAGAACUUGAACUUCCUGUACAUUGAAGUAGACAAAGUGACAGAAAGGGAGAAGGUGACUGUAAUGAGCACCAUCAACCCCACCAAAGACCUGCUGGCAGACAUGAUAGGUGGCCAGAGACUGCCUGAGGACCAGAGGAAGAAGGUGAUGCAGCUGAAGGACCUGCUAGAAGGCACACUGAUGCUGGACCCAGCCAAACGCAUCAGCAUCAACCAGGCUCUGCAGCAUCCGUUUAUCCAGGAAAAGAUCUGACACGUUAACCCCACACACUCCCAGAGCAAGCAGACAGAACCGACCACUAAAACCACCUCUGACAGGAACUCUGCAGUGCGGCAGUCAACCCACAGACUUAGUUUCAGAAUGUCAAGUUACGUUCUUUUUCAACAUCAUUUUGCUAAUGGAUGCAUUGUGUUUUAUUGUAAAUAAUCAUUAAAAUGGUAGCCACUCUCAAAGACAUUUUGGCAUUUUUCAUUGUGAACUUCCCUUCAUACCCCAUGAUGCAUUUAUGGACUUUCUUUUUUUAUUUAACAAGCAUUGGAGUGACAGAUGUUUAAAAGAAAUUAUAAUUCCUGUAAAUACUGUAUGUCUAUUGCAUUAACAAUCUCAAGCAGCAGACAGUUUGAAAUUUUGUCAGUUUGUUUUUCACCACAUUGCUCAUUGUGGGGAGAUGCAUGCUUUCGAAUGUGCACCCUUUUGUCUAUAGGUUUCUGUGGUGCAGGCCUGUGUAAACGCUCUAUGCGCAUCAGUGUCCCACGUUAACACCAACCCCUCUACCUUCUUACGAUGUCCUCAACCAUGGAGGCCUACGAUGAAGGAAUAGAUGCAUGUUAAGCAUUUCUUGAUUCAUUUUUUCCCCCUUUCUUUUCAUUGCGUCAUUGCUUUGUUUUUUGUUUUUAAACUUUCCUCUCCCUCCUCUCUGGCGAAGUCCUGGCUCUUAAGGCUCUCCCAUUCAAGUGCCUCCCGUACGAGCCUGGUGUGUUAAAACACCAAACAAUGCUGGCCUAUAGAAGCCACAUCUGUGACCCUUCCAAUGUUGUAGAUAGUCCAUAGUUACUGUCCUUUCAUGUAUUAAUUAUUUUUCUUUCAAUUAUGUGGUAAAACCAAUCUUGUGAUUUCAAUAAAGAAUAGUUGUGAAAAUCGCUGCUGAAAGAGCACCUUCAGUACAAGAUGGUUUUUUAGUAAUAAAAUGUUUCUUGUUGUA